UUUACACAACAGAAGGCACAAUCACCCUUAUCAGAUUCUAGGGUUUCUUUUGUUUCCACAGAUCUGAUCACCAUGGUUCGCGUAAGCAACGGAUUGAUAACAUUCCUAAACCUAGUUUCACUGAUCAUAUCUGUUGCAGCCAUAGGCUAUUCCCUUUGGUUGUACACGCACAAUGGCACUUUGUGCCAAAAAGUAAUUCAAAAGCCUCUUUUAAUUCUAGGUGUGUCACUGUUGUUCAUGUCAUUGCUUGGAUUGAUCGGUUCGUGUUGCCGAGUCUCUUUCCUUCUAUGGAUAUACUUGUUUGUAAUGUUUGUGUUGAUCGUGGGGUUGUUUUGUUUCACGUUGUUUACGAUCAUUGUAACGAACAAGGGUGUUGGGAAGGCGAUAUCGGGAAGAGGGUACAAGGAGUAUAGGCUCGGUGACUAUUCGCGGUGGUUGCAGAAGUAUGUGGUUAAUGGGAACAAUUGGGAUGAGAUCAAGAGUUGUUUGGUUGAUCUUCAUUUCUGUCAUAAACUUGCGGGCGAGAAGGCUGAGGAGUUUUACAAGCAUAGCUUGUCGCCUACAGAGUCGGGCUGCUGCAAACCUCCCAGUUAUUGUGGGUUCCAGUUCGAGAACGCGACCUUCUGGACAGUUCCAAAAUCUGGUCCAGCUGUGCCAGAUAGCGACUGCACGAUGUGGAGCAACAACCAGACGGAGCUGUGCUUCGACUGCAAGUCGUGCAAAGCCGGAGUUCUUGCCAACAUGAGGCGAGAAUGGAGGCAAUUGGCCAUUAUCAACUUCAUCAUCAUUAUUAUCAUCAUCUGCAUCUACUCCGUCGCCUGUUGUGCUCUUAGAAACAACCGAGCUGAUGGAUAUCAAAGACACAAAGGAGGAUACCCUUGAGCCAUGCAUGUUCUUUCAUUGUCUAAGAUUUAUAGAUUAAAAAUUAGGAUAUAGUUUAUGACAUUGUUUGUUACUAUACUUUCAUAUGUUUACUGUUUACUGGGUGUGUUAAUUUUAUCAUUGUUGACUGUGCCAAUUGCUUCUUUG